GUCAACGCUGCUCGGCGCAACCAUCCGCGAAACACAUCAAUCACCGCUUAGGCCAAGUUCUUACGCUAGCUUUUGUAAACAGACUUUUCCUGACUUUUUUUCCGAAUAUUUUUCGGGACGAUAUAUUUCCUGUGGAAUAGUUAUCCCCCCGUUGUGCUUCCUUUAGAUAUGGACUGCAAUUAUCCACAAAUUUUCCUGUAAACCUUGCUGUGCAGUUUCGUCAUCAGAAAGUUUUACCCACCUCUCAAAAUGGACAUGAGUCUGGAUGACAUUAUCAAGAAGAAAAAGCCGUUUAUCAAGAAAAAAGGGCAACCUGUCCGGAAAGGAGCUCCAAAAGUUGGAAACAGAAAACCAGCAGGAAAACCUGCAUUGGCAAAAAAUGGAAAAAUUAGCGAUGCAAGACUGAAAAUAGUGAAAAAUCAAAGGCAGAAGUACCAAGAUGCUCGCGACAAACUUGUAGAAAUUAACAAGAUGAAAGGAGAUGCCAGGCAGAAAAUCGAAAGACUUCGAGAACAGAAAAUGGGCCAAAAGACCACCACAGGAUCAGGAAGAAUCAACAUUCAACGGAGCGCUGAUGGGAGGCUUCGGCUCACAACCAAGAAACCUGUGGCGCAGCUGACCAAAGCAAUGCAGCCAACUGCUAGGCCAUCACAGAUACUCAGAAUGAGACAGCCAGUGUACAAGCCAGAACCUAGAUUAGUAGAGGAAGAUUAUGGACACAUGCCCUCGUAUGCUGGACCAGUGCGCAGGACCGUAGAUAAUCGGAAUCUAGAUUACGGAUACUCCUUGUCUGAACCAUCACGACAAAGUAGCUGGGCAGAACCUGCCUCCUCCAUCAUUUACCGGUCCCCUAAUGAAGAGAUAAAACAAAUCCCAGCCAUUAUAACUCGGAGAAGUGAAAUGUCAUCUUGGCCGCGAGGUUAUCAGGAGGUAUCCCCAGUUACCCAAAGAUCUGAUCCGUACGGAACUAGACUAAGGAUGGACCAAGAAGCAGAGAAUCUUCGAAUCUCUAGUAUUCAUGCCCGGUUAGACAGACCAAGUUCAUACCAGCGCCCACAGCUCCUGCCUUCACCCUCCGAAGAAGAUGGUUAUCGUAUUAUUGUUUCUAAUCUACAUCCUAGCGUGACAUCUGUUGACAUCAAAGAAUUAUUUGAAGACGUCGGAGAACUUAUAGCCUGGCGAGUUGUCAGAGCAGGAACCGCUGAGGUAGUUUACAAAAGGCACGAUCAAGCUGCUAAAGCAGUCGAAGUUUACCACAACCGCCUUCUAGAUGGACUUCCAAUGAAGUGCAUGAUCGUCAAUCCUUUGAAAACAAGCAAUGGCCGUCAGCAGAAAUUGCUGCAAGCCGGUGGAAUCAAAGCUUCUGUUCGACCUGAUCUUGACGCCGUUCGAGAUGCCUUGUUCGGAUAUCAAGCACUCUGCCCGAAGGAACCAGUUUUCAAAAGGCACAACUUUUGAACAGUGUAAAUAUCACUUUUGCUUCUGUCUUGAGGUGAAAAUUUUACCUUUAACUGACCCUCAAGUUUCCUUGACUCAUUCUGAACUUAGUAUGUGACGACAAAAAAUUUCAUUUUGACAACCAGAUUCCAGCAGUAACUUUUAUAAACUUUGUUAUUGGAGCGUUUUGGUGGGAUUUCUCAUUUUUUACUGUGGCGCAAGUCAUCUGAGUGGGCUGCUUCGGCUGUAAGAAUUUUAUCAUCUUGCUUAUGCCGAUUAUGUUCCCCCUCCAGUUAAUUAAUCAUAAAAAAGGGCCAUAAGGUUUUGAAAUUUACUUCAGUUCGUUUUUUUUUUAGAUUUUAAGAAUAUUCAUAAUUCCUUCAAGCCAAUGUGAGUAGUGUUGGAAAAAUGUAUCAUAAGUUUGAUACUCUUUCUCAAAACCCUUGUCAGGAAGUCCCUUGUUUUUCUAUUCCUCCUUUUUUUUCUUUUUUUUUUUUUUGGUAAAUAAUUCAAUCGCAUGAAGUGCACUGACAUCGUACUCGAGGCAUUACAUUGUGCGUUAUUUUUAUCAAUCAUUGAAUCAGGUAUCCCCAAUGAUGUAAAAUUCAGAAGUGAGGACCAAGAAAAUUUGUUUGCAAUCCAUUGCUCCAGCAAAUGGCAAUGAGGGACUAGACAAGGUUUGAACCAGGAGAGAACGUCACAUGUUUCCUCUUCAAAAUCUUACGCAGAAAACAAUCCACACAAUAGGAAGUUCGGGAACCAACUUUUGAACGACAUAUUAACAAGUGUUUUGAACACAGAUUAAAUGGAAGUUAAAUUUCAUACAAAUGACCUCAUUUGUAUUUUUGGCAUAUAAGUAAUGUUAAUUGUAAACACCUAUAUCUUGUUCAGGAGUUGAUUUCCAGGCUUUCCGCCGUGUGGUUUGUUGUACUCUAAAAAUUUUGAAAAUAAAACAUGUUACGUGGUGCUUCAACUCAUACCUUGUCUAGCUGGCCAACCCCUCAAAAAAUUGUUUUGCUUUUACUAUUAUCACAGAAUUCUCACCCAUGGGAAAUCAAGUCAUAAAAGCAAAUCAUUCUGUCAGAAUGAUUGGCUGGUGAGGAAAAUUUACUUGAUAUCUUGUUUGUUCUGAUUAAAAGGUAGGGUAGCACCAAUAUUGCACUAAAGUAUUAAUUAGUUCAAAAUAUUCUAAAUUAGUCAACUGCAUCUGUAAGAGCAGAGCAUAAUAUCCCUUCACAUUUUAUACUUUCAAUUCAACCAGAACUACAAUAAAGUAUGAAGUAAUACAAUAACUUGUUUAAUGCGUGUGUUGCACGCCAAGUGAAUAGGCUCUAUACAAGUAAAUUCAGACGAAAAUCCCUUCUAAAAAGUAAAAAAUCCACUCCUCAGCGCAUAAUCUGAACAGCUUGUAACUCGCUUUCUAAGUUGCCUGGGUCUACAAGCAGAUUUUCGCAGUCCAGUUUAGGUCUGCACAGUUUAGGGAGUGAGUAAACUUAAUUUGGUCAAACAAACAAUUUCAAAUACUUUUUCUAGUGGAAGAUGUUAAUAGUUUUCAAGAUUUUGUUUCCUUCUUUUUAUGUUUUUCAAACAAAGGUUUUAAAUCAAUCGAAAUUCUAUGUAAGGAAAGUUUUCAACAGUUCAAGAGAUCAUUCGUUUAUUUAAGUCAGGUUUGUUUGCGUCUCUCGCUGUGCUAAAGUAACUACCCGCAGACGCGGUAAAUUUGGAAAAACCUGUCACAGCCUAUCACAAAUUGUACGCUAAGGAGUGGAUUGGGCACUUUUAUGAUGUGUCCAAAACGAUUUUCGUGCGAUUUUACCCGUAGAAAGUUUAUCACUUUCGAUUGGUUUGCUCGGUUGUAUCUCUUGCGUGCAACAGCUCUAUUGUAAGAUCGGUGUACUUGGUUUUAAUUACCCGUCUUUGUAGUGGUGUUUUCAAUACUGAACUGUAAAUUUAAAUAAAUUAUUCUUUCAUAUGUUUAA